UUCCCUUUUAUUUACUUAAAAAUGGAGAUAUUCGAUGUUGGUGUUAUCGGAGGAGGCGUGAUUGGAUGUUCUGUAUUAUUUGAUUUGACAUCUGCCGGUUAUAACUGUGUACUGUUGGAGAAAAAUGAACACCUUGUAUCAGAAUCGAGUGCAGGAAAUAGUGGAAUGUUGCACACUGGGUAUGAUGCCCCUCUUGGAAGUGUGGAGCUGACCUGCAUCAAGCGAAGUCUGACGAAGAUUGUUAAGGUCUUUGAAAAACUUGGCGUCCCCUUCAGGCAAAAUGGAUCCACCAUGGUGGCCUGGGAAGACCAUCAGGUACAGGAGUUGUUCAACAUUCAAGAGGAAUCGAAAAGAAAAGGAUAUUCCAACGUGCACAUACUCACAGCAUCAGAAUUGUUUCAAAGUGAACCGUACCUAAAUCGCUCUGCAAAAGGUGCACUUUGGAUACCAGGGGAGAUGAUUCUUGAUCCAUGGCUAGCGUCGAUAUCUUUUGCACAUCAUGCCAGGUUAAAUGGUGCAAAGAUAAGGACAAGCUGUGAGGUAUUGUCUUGUAAGCGAGAGUUGUUUGAUGCGUGGAGUUUGCAUACAACACAUGGCGACAUUCAUUGUCGGGUCGUUGUUAACUGUGCAGGACUUCAAGGUGACCUUGUGGAUAAAAUGGCUGGUUACCAAGACUUCAGCAUUGCACCAAGGAAAGGUCAGUUUAUUGUGUUUGGAUCCAAAACUAGCAACCUGAUCAAUUCCAGCAUCAUUCCCAUUCCAAGUACCACAAGCAAAGGAAUCAUCACAUUCAAGACAGUAUAUGACAACAUCAUCACUGGACCUACAGCAGAGGAUGUGCCAAGCCGCAGUAUACCCAGACCUGAGCCUCUAAUCAGAGAGAGGCUGAUGGAGUCUGCAUGCAACACGGUCCCCUCCCUCAUGGAUUACAACAUCAUUGGGGAGUACACCGGGGUCCGACCUGCAACUCAGUACAAAGACUAUCAAAUCCGCAGUCAUCAAGAUAGAAAAUGGAUCACAGUUGGUGGAAUAAGAUCCACAGGUGUUUCUGCUUGUCUUGGCAUCAGCAGCCAUGUUUGUGACCUGGUCCAUGACCUUGGCCUUGACCCGAGCAGAGGUCCAAGCUCCCACAUUGAGAGAAUCAAUUGGACCAUACUACCAGGGAAGGCGGCCAUCCAUGAUGAGUGUGUAUAUCACAUGACCCAUCCUAUUGCCAAAUAUGGUACCAGCAAGAAUUCAAUGCUUUAAUUUCCCAGCAUUUGAGAGCACAGAUUCAUUGUGCAAAGAAAUUGAAGAACUGCCAAUUACAUUAAAAACUUUACUGUAUCGUCCGAUUUUAGUUUUAAUACAAUUGGUAUCAAGUCAUAAUCAUUAGUAAUUUUGUUUGUUAUUGUUAUCUAAUCGGUGAGGAUUCUUAUUUGUUUAAAAUGAAUUUAGUCCAUUGAUCUCAAUAUUUGGCAUACAAUUAGGGGAUAAUAUCACUGUUUUGUUGUUAACUAUAAGGAUUUAUCACAAAACAAUUUAGGGAAGAGACGAAGUUAAGACCCUAAAUCAAAAUGUUUGUGAUAAAUCCUUAUAGUUAACAACGAAACACAGUGAUAUUAUCCCUAUUUUAAUACUACACCAUUAGUCAGUAUCUGUAAGAAAAUUUAUUGUUUUUAACAAAAUCCGACAAAUAUUAAAAACCGGAUUAUCUAUUCUCCUUAUACUUACAAUAUUCAAUGAAAAUGCUUGUAGUAAGUAAAAGUAUGGCAUAAUAUUUUUUUCGUUCUCUUCACAUGACAUCACUGAAUUACGAGCAAACCAAAUGGCAUAUUACUUUACAUUUGUGAGCGGUGUUUCGACCUAUUGAAUUAUUUUGAGGAAUUCACCUGGUUUAACUUUGUACCGAAACCACGUUGAUGGGUUAGGUCUACAAGUUUAUAACUGUUGUUAACAUAUUUUUACUUAAACUUUUUUUAUAAAUACAUAAAAUAAUAUACAAACGGUUUCAAAUUUGUGCGAUAUUUUAAAGCAGUUAAUGUUUAAAAUUGUGUUUAAAAAAUCAAGUCAUUUCCAUCUUGUCUAAUUCUUUAUUAAUUUUAUUGUCCCAAAAAGUAUGUUCUGAACAAAAAUAAGGUACUUCAGAAUGUGAUACAAUUAUUUCUGAUGAACCUGCUUGCACCCUUUUGAAAACACAAACUAGAAGAGCAGUCCACAAGACAUAAGCUGGUGACUGCUGCGACCAAUCAGUGACCGGACCUUACUUGGGGUGGAUGGGUACACGUUCAUUGCUACUAACGAAGCGUUUAAAGUUACAAUGGCACGAAAUAAUAACAAAAUAAUAACAAUAACAUCAGUUUUAUCUCAAGUUAGUAAUUUUUUGAAAAUUAUUUAUAUCGAUAUUUAAAUAUAACGGAAGACGUGGAAUUAAUAUACAUGUACUAACAAAAACACCACAUAUGAGGCUAAGUGACAGCAUAUCAGACAAGUUCUCAAAAUUUUGUCAUCAUGAUAAAUACUGGUUGCCCAUGACAAUGUACAUCUAUCGUCCAAUUUAUCAUGACAAUUAACAAAUGGAAAAAAAGAGACUUAUAUGAAAGUUGUAUUAGAAUUACUAUUAUCUUGUAUGUUAUUAAAUGAAGUACAUAAAAAUGGAAAAACAAACCUGACCAUUCAGAAGAGCUUUUCAGAAGGACAUUAGUGUAAAAUGAUUUGUCCUGGAGAAUUUCUGGAAUCAAUGUUAUGCAAUAUUAUCAAUGAUUUUAUUGAAAUCAUUAUAGCAGUGUGAUUUCUGUACAACAACAGGAUUCGAAGAAAUUAAUUAUUGCAUUUUUUUGUUGGUUAAAUGUUUGUACCGAUACAUAAUAGCUAUCCGUACAAUGGAGAACCAAAAUUAGUUAGUCAGAUUAUAAACACAUAUUAUAUAAAUAUAUAUAAUUACUCAUGAUAACUGUAGCUUACCAGGUACAGGGUUUUGCUUUUUGUUCAGAAAUAUUACUUUUCAGUCAAUGUAAACAAGAAUAUAGUCUUAUAUAUUACACAAUGAAUCCAAUUUGUGUACACCCAUAGAUGUGAGAGAAUGUUUUAAUAUUCAAACAACACACACUGUUAAAUUAUAUAAUAUUAACAGAACAAAAUUAAUAUAAAUUGAAUUAAUUUAUAUAUUACAAUCACUUUUGCUUACAAUUAGUUUAUUUAAUGUACAAUAUGGAAUGAAGUUUACAUUAAUUAGCAGUCUUUCAGAUCACUCUCCAAUGUUCAUCUAUGGAUGGAAACUGUAUUAUGAAGAAAUAAUUCCUGCAUAACUAAUUUUAUUUUAAUUAAUUAUAUUAUGCCAUAAGACGUCAGGUUAGUAGGUACUGUGUUCGCUUUCAGGUACUGGCUCAUGCUAUCCAGAGUGUGUUUAACUACUCGGUGGGUAGGUGUAAGGCCACGUACUAUACCGACAUGACUUCUGUCUCACUAACCAUUAACUCUCUGUCCUGGACAGACAGCCCAGAUAACUGAGUUGUAUGCCCAGGACACCAUGAUUGAAUCUUAUUUUUUUAUAUAAUAACAAAAAUAAGUAUAAAUAAAUUAAUUAAUUAAUUAUAAUAAUGCAAUUUUUAAUGAUUUGACACACAAAUUAUAUAUUUUCAUUAUAUUUUCUUUAUAAUAUGGAAAUACAUUUUUUAUUUCCCAAUCAUUACAUUAUUUUACAUGUAAAUAAAAACUGACCUAGUAUUAGUAUUCAUUUCAGUGACUGUUGUGAAUAUAAUUGUUGAUUUGAGUUGUCAUUGGUGCAGCUCAUAAUUACUACUGUUAUCUUUCAAAUUUAAUUACUUUUAUUUGUUUAAUACAAUGAUUUUACAUUCAAUAUUAUUAUUUUACUUUCACAUUAUUCAAUAAACUACAACUUUUA